AUGGCCACCCAAGUCAACCCCAAGGACUCCAUGAAGUCCACCUGGCGAUCCAAGGAUCGCUCGCAAUGGACAACCUAUCACUGGUUCUACGAGGUCCUCGGUAUUCAUUCUGUCGACCUUGACAGAGAGGUUCCCGUCCACAGCAAGCAGGACAAGGUGCCCUACGCCCCUGAAUGGCAGGUGCAUCGAUGGGUGCUCACGCACGCCUUUGCGCCUCUCGUCAUCCACCAGUGCAUCUACCACUUCACGGGGCACAACCUCACAGCCCUUCAAGCCUUUGUCUUCUACAGCUUCGCGUUCAAGGCAAACGCCAUCCACGAGCUUCACAUGCUCCGCCGCAUUGGCCACAUUGUGGGUUUCCUGGACGGCGACGUCCACGAGCGUGAUGGUGUGCCUGACGUGGGCGUGGCCAAGACUGUCCGCUCGCUGCUCUCGACCUCGACCUUCCGACCCGUCUUCACCGUCUUCCUCGCCUACCGCGCCAACCAGACCCCCAUGGACAUGCACUGGCGAUGGCUGCUUCUCGAGGUCGGCCUCUACGGCAUCAUCCUCGACUUCUGGUUCUACUGGUACCACCGCCUCAUGCAUGAGGUCGGCGCCCUCUGGCAGUACCACCGCACGCACCACCUCACCAAGCACCCCAACCCGCUCCUGACACUCUACGCGGACCUGGAGCAGGAGUUGUUCGACAUUGCCGGCAUACCGCUAGCCACGUACUUUACAAUGAAGGCAAUGGGCAUGCCCAUGGGCUUCUACGAGUGGUGGGUCGGACAUCAGUUUGUCAUGUUUGCGGAGCUGGCGGGUCACAGUGGCAUUCGAAUCUACACGGAACCGCCGAACCCUUUCACCUGGCUCUUACGCUUGGCUGGGUGUGAGCUCAUCAUCGAGGAUCACGAUAUGCACCACCGAAAAGGCUGGAAGGCCAGUGGCAACUAUGGCAAGCAGACCCGUCUCUGGGACAAGAUCUUUGGCACGUUGAAGGAACGUGUGGAGUGUGAGGAGCAGAACAUUGACUGGGAUACCUCGAUCGAUGUGCCGCUGUUUUGGUAG